AUGUAUUGUGUUAAGAAAUUUGUUAAUUAAAUAUUAUAAGAGCAGUAAGCAAUGCCUAAUGAUUUGAUAUUAUUAGUUGGAGACUACAAUAUUGAUAGCAGAUAUGAGUAAGGGUAUUCUGUAGAAGUAUUGAAAUAGUUUCCAACACUCUUAUAGCAGCUGGGUAAUCCUUAAAAGUAUUAAGAAUAUGAUGCUUUGAUAUAAAUUAUGAAAAAUAAUGGUAAAGAUAAAUUUGUGAAUUUAUUGUAUGAUUAGGAGGAGAAGUUUGUAAUUACUUAUGCAGAUUAUAUAGAGGAGAAUGUUAAAGAUCACCUAUGGAGAUUUAAUUAACAGAUAAAGCUGAUUUGUUGACUGGUUAAUGUUUGGAUUAUAUAUUUUAAUUGACUCCUGAAAAUGAAAGUAAUUAAAACACAAUAGAGAUAAAAUAAGUGAAUGUAGAGAAAUUCUUUGUUGAAGGAUAGAAAUUUACUUAAUUAUCAGAUCAUUAUGGUGUUUCUUGUAAUAUAUUAAUUAAAUAAGCUAAGUGAAAUAUAAUAUUUUAUU